GGGGAGGGAGGGCCCAGGCCUGAUCUUUCCGUCGGUGUGCAGCAGUUCCUCCCUUCCUUCCCGAUUUCUGUCAUCACUACUUUUCUCCUCCUCCUCCCUCCUCUUUGCAAACCCUAGGAGCCACGAUCCGGGGGUGCAUUGACCCAAAUUCUCGGGCUCGUCGAUCCUCGGUGAAGCUCUUCGGCUGCUUCGUCCUAAUUUCCAUCUCGGACUUGCUACCAUGGCUGCUGCCACGCUCUGCGAGUCCGGCUUGGAGGAGGGCGAGUACGAGAGCGACAGUGAUGGAACGUCUGCCCUCGCAUUGCGACGCCGUGAGGCCAGCGACGACGAGGAGCGUGAAGUGCCUGCAUCUUCGUCGCACCACUCCUUCUCUGACGAAGACGCCGAGGAGGGCGAGGGCACGCCUCCCGACGACGGGGAGGAUGACGACGAGGAGAAGGAGGGUGCUGCUCUACUGCGACGCAGGCGCUUGGUGAGUGAGGAGGAGGACGACCACGAGGGUUUGCAUCAUCAGGAGGGCGGGAGCAGAAAAAGUGCAGACAAAGAGGAUGGUUCGCAGGGCUCUGCUGCCGCGGGCACCACCGACGGCAAAGAGGCUGGCGAAGAGGAUAAAAAGGAGGCGGAGCCCUUCGUUGUUCCUACGGCGGGGGCAUUUUACAUGCACGACGAUCGCUCUCGCGGAGUUGGUGGAGCUCGUCCCAGGCGGGGCGUAGGAGGCAGCCGGAAGCUCUGGGAAGCCAAGGAUGAGAAGCCAUGGGUACAUGAUUUAUUUGAGGAACUCAAUGUGCGCGAUGAUAGUUACAGCGAUGAAGGGCUGUCAAGAGGCGGACGCGGAAGAAGUCGAGGCAGGGGGCGCGUCAAUCGGGAUCGAAACAGGGGGUGGGUAGGCAAGCUUGCCAGCGAUUCGGAGGAGUUGAACGCGAGCCGUGCACGGCGUGGGCGAGGGAGGGGCCGGCCUGCAAGAAGUGAAGUUGUAGAACACAACAGACUGGAAGAAUCAGCCCCGUCAACAAGUAUGGGAACACACGACGGUGCAGGAAGCAGCAACGUCGGGGUACAGGAUGAGAGCACAAAAGACGAGUCUUCAGCUCCUCCUCGGAAGGUUGUUGCGGGUUCACUGAAUUCCGCUUCCCCACCUUUUUUCCCUUCAAGCGCCUUACAACCGAAAUCAGUUGAAGUGGCAGGGUCUGUCCAGGUUAGCGCCAAUCAAAUCACUGGAGGACGGGAUAGAGCGAGAAGACCAGGAUCUCAAGUAUCCGUGGCGAAAACAGGUAGCUCUGGAAGGGGGCCACAGGUUGGCGGAGAAUUGCAGAGCAGCGCACAUGAUCAGCAGCCGGUCAAACCAUCUACAGCUCAGACAAGUGAGAAGCACACUUAAUCUUGUGGUGUUAGGGGGUCCAUCCUUUGGGUACUAGGGAGUCUUGUUUGAUCUAUGAGUCUCUCGGAAUCCGGAAGAUAGUCAAACUUAAAAUGAGCGAUAUGACUACCAGGAGCCUGAGAAUUCGUGAAAGUUCAAGAGGUACUUAGUGUAGCCUGUAGAUUACGGUCUUUGGGGUUGAAGAACGUGUUUUCGUGUGGUUCUUCUAUAAUUGGUUAGUAAUCAGCAUUUUGUAAUUCUGGUAGAUGUUUCAAACAUGAAAUAAAAGGUAUUUCAUGAAUA